CACACACUUCCUGUUAGUUUCCUUCCGUAAGAGCACUGUUUACACCGCUGUUUACCUUCAUACAUUUAGAGUUCAGGGAUUUAUAAUAAGAAGUAUCGGAGAUAAGUGGACGUAUUGACAGUGUUUCGUUCACUUAAGAGAGAGACAGACACGGAGAGCUGUUUAUCUUCUGCAGAUGCCAGCGCUCCCUCUGGGGUCCAAACGUCAUGCUUCCACAGGCGAGUAAAGACUUUCUGGUGCGCAUACGGUUCUUCUGGAGGCCGCUCUUCCAGGGUCGCUACCUGCUGCUCACCAACACCCUGAGCGGAGGGGUCAUGCUGUCGCUGGGAGACAUCCUGCAGCAGACCCGGGAGAACCGCAGGGAGCCGGGCCGAGUCCGAGACUGGACGAGGACAGGUCGCAUGUUUGCGGUGGGCUGCUCCAUGGGCCCGGUGCUGCACUACUGGUACGGUUGGCUGGACAGAGUGUACGUGGGAAAAGCUCUGGGGACUUUGAGCAAGAAGGUGCUGGUGGACCAGAUGGUCGCCUCACCGACGUUGGGGAUCUGGUACUUUUUAGGUAUGGGUCUGCUGGAGGGACACACUUUAUCUGAAGGAUGGGCGGAGUUCACCGACAAGUUCUGGGAAUUUUAUAAGGCGGACUGGUGCGUUUGGCCUCCUGCUCAGAUGAUCAACUUCUACUUCCUCUCCCCCAAAUAUCGCGUCGUGUACAUCAACUUCAUCACCUUAGGGUGGGACACCUACCUCUCCUACCUCAAACACAGAGAUGAGAGGCAGCACCCUGAUCUGGCGUCAGACAGCAAAUCUGUAGACGCGCAGCAGGAAGCUCUUCCACCAUCCUCAGAUACGAAAUGAGUCCAAGGCAAAUCAUCACGUCGCUGAUUUUACGCGUCCAGACUUCCUUUAAACUGACUACAUGUAUCCACGAUGAAGAGGUGCUGGACCACUUCUCUCUUCCUGUCGGAAGAGUUUUAAAUCUGCGUCUGUGCGAUUUGUCUGAAUGACGUGUGCUCCUCUGGGAGCGUUCAGGGAUGACGAGCUGUUCCACUGCCCUCAAACGCUGCACUAUCCAACAUGAAUGUCCCGUGUCCCUGUUGCUGUAGGAGAGUGUUUGUUGCAGCACCUAAAGGUUAAAAGUGCUUUUAUUCAUGUGCUGUCGUUAAUCAGUACUGACGUGACAGAGCUGCUGGGUUUUGUUUCUUUGUUUGUUUUAAUUUAUAUACAAUGACCCAUUUAAAGUUUGCCUUAAUAUGGACGCCACUUGUUUUUGUGCCAAAUAACCUAAACCAGCUCAUUCCUUUUGGUGUACUAACAUUGCUUGGUUGUGGCUCUGUUAAGGGAUUAUUGUUAAAUAUAAGAGAUUUAUCCGAAUGUGUACAUGUCACCUUGAUUCCUGAUAGGUUGUGUAAUUAUUUUUAACUGUGCAGUAGAUCUACUGCAUCAAUGACCUUAUACACUGUGGAUUCCUUUAGUUUUGGCGGAUGAAUCAGUUUGUGUGAUGAUAAGUGUUAACAUGAACGUGUAUGCCUGUGAAGCACUGUGUCAUAUAUAAAUUAAGUAUUUUAUGACUGAAUUUUGGAACCUGUUAUUUAAAAACAUACCUCGUACCCCGAUUGUGCUUAAUGUUUAACGAGCAGCUUAACGUUUGCAAUGUUUGAACAAGCAGAGAAUCAUAAUUAUCAUAUUUAUGAUGUACUUUGAAAAUCUGUUGCUUUGAAAUGAAACCAGGGUGUCUGAAAUCUUUUAAGAACUUUAAAAUAAAUGGGAUCAUAUCCUUA